GUACACCUCCGACGCCCCAUCCGCGCUCACCCCUGCCACCACUGCUGCCUUCAUCCGUCUGCUCACCCGUCUCAUCCACAACCGCGCUCUCUUCAGCAAGAGCCCCACCCUCUCUGCCGUCGCCUCCCGCGUGGCUGCCUCGCUGUCCUACCUGGCGCCACGUGUCACCCUUCCAGUGGUUCUGGAGAGCUUCCAGGGGGCGUUAACCACUGUCACAGCCACACACCAGCUCGAGUCCGCCCUCUCCACCCUCGCCCUCUCCGUCCGCCCCUUGCUGCUCGCUGCUUCGCAAACCCCCUCGGAGCAAGACAGCACACCUGAAUCUAUGGAUGUGGAUGGACCAGCAGCAGUGGGGGCUGGGGAGGGUGGCAUGGACACAUGGCAGAAGAUGAUUGGGCGGGCGAGGGAGGUAGUGUCUGAAGCGCUGGUGGCGACGCUUCCUGGGAUUGACGCCAAUGACCCGCCUAAGACGCUCGCCACCCUGCAUCUCUACCUCUCUGUCUUCUCCUCGAUCGGUCCAAUAGGGGACGAGGAAAGCCCUUUUGCGCUCUCCAUUGAUUGGUCCACGUGGCUGGAGGACUUUCUCUCGCGCCUCUUCUCCCUUUUCUCUCACUUGGAGAGUGCUGCUCCCACUGCUACUGUGGCGAGCGCUGCAGCAGGCACUGAGAGGUCUUUCCUCAUGAAGGAGGCGGAGGGAUCAACCUUCCGCUCCACCGUCAGCAUUCUCUUCGCCCGCCUCUCUCCUCCUCUCCUCAAUCAGAUCAUCUCAAGGGUGGAGCGCUAUGUAUCCAGCUCUGUCGUCCGCGGGUGUGAGGAGGAGAUCGGCACACUCGUAGCAGCGCUGGCCUAUGCUGCUCCUGAGGCCACCUGCACUCGGAUCCUUGCCGGAGUCAUGGAUUCUGCCAUGUCCCUCCUCCAAUCGCUGCCUGCCACGUCAUUCCUGGGGCUCGCUGAGUCCCCUGCUGCUGCUGCGGAUGCAGGAGAGGCACUAAAACUCCCAGCCAAUCAGCUGUCGACAACUCAGGAGGCUACGGUUCUCUUCCACAUGCACCUCGUCAGCAACGCUGUCCCCUUUAGUGGCUCUGCUCUGAUAGCACAUAAGGACCGCCUCAUCGCGCUUAUCGAUGCUGCCUUCUCAUCCACCUCCCAGAAGGUGGUUGACGCAGCAGCGGAUCUGCUUCAGAAGUUCCUGUUCGCGCUCAUCUUCUAUUACCCCUUGAAUGAAUACACUUUCUUGGGCUGGGAGGAUUCAGCUCCAGGGGUUGAGAGGUGGUUUUCCAAACAAGCAGCAUCAGCAACAGCAGCAGCAGCGCCUCCAAUAGCAGCAGGACAAGUGGCAGCAACAGGAGCUCUCCAGUGGCACGUGCCAUCUACAGAAGAGACAACGCUGGCCACCCAGCUUAUUGACAAGUACCUGGGCGGCGCGUUGAGGGAAAUCCGGUGGUUGCGCACAAGGCCCGCCACGUCAGCAUCAGCCAGCUCAGCAGCGGUGGGAGCCAAACUGGCCUGGCGAGUGGCCCUUCGUCGCCUCUGGGCCGUUUUCUCCGGCACCCGAACCAACCUCCCGGACCUGACCACCAGGUUCGGGAGCCAAGCCUCCGGCGCACCCACCGACGCCACGGCACCAGGCACCCCUCUAGCAGUGGUGGGACGGUCGGGAGUGACCAUAGGCGAUGUUACUAUGCGGGAGGAAGCUUCUGGGGAGCUUCAUGAGGCUUGUGUGUGGCUGGUGAGGCGGCAGAGGGAUGACACUCAGACGUUGGCGCUGCUGGCAGAAGUGGAAGGGCUGCUGCUGAACCCAGGCACACUCGAGUACUCCGACUCCCUGCACGGGCUGAGAGUGGUGAAGCAGCAGGCAGGGCUUCUGUCAGAGCCUAAAGGGUCGCCAUGGAUGAAGGCUGGAGAGACGAGGAGGAGGCCGCCGUGGGUGCUGGCAGAGCUGGCAUACGAGCAUCUACUCUGGAGGGCCUCUCAGGCGCACUUCAAGACAAUCUACGCCGGCCAGCGCCGCCCACCGCCCCUCCCUAGGGCGGUGAAAGUGCUGCUGGGAGAUCUGCUGCUGCUGUCGGUGCACCGUUAUGCGUCCGUGCAGGGUGUUGCGCGUGCCAGCCUGGAGCUCCUUCUUAAGCGCUUCCCGCCAGCUGUCGACACGGCAUUGCGCCAGCUGGCGCCGUGUGUGGCUGGGGAGGCAGGUGCAGUGGCAAGGCUGCUCAGGAUGGGGAAGAGUGCUGGCAGCAUUGGUGGUGAUGGCAAUGGUGACCGAGAGAAGCAAGAGAGCGAGGAAGAGAAGGUGGAGGAGAUGAAAACGGCAGAGGAUGGAGAGGAAGUGGAGGAGAAGGAGGACAGGGAGGAGGCAGCAGUGGGAGCCUGCCAGGUGUUCGUGAGCCGGCCAAUCAUGCGCAAGAUCGCUUACGACUGGCGGGCUUUGGCUCCUUUCCUCUCUGCUCUCCUGGCCUCGCACUCCAUUGAUUCUCUCAAGGCUCUUAACGCCAUCAACCAGCUCUUCAUCGCGUUUGUCUCUCGCUUCGCUGGAGUGAAUCCAAUUCGGCCCCGCCGGGUGCCUGCUAUGGGAGAGGAGCAAGAUACGCUCUCAUGGGUAAUGCGCUGCUCAUCAACACCCCCCUGCACGCCCCACCCUUUCCCUCGCCCCUCUCUCGUUCCCUCCCCAUGCAUUCUUCCUCUAACCCUCCUCUAUUGCAGGUACGCUCUCAUGGCCAAUGCACUGCUCGCCCUCCUCUCCUCCUCCGUCCCCUCCACUUCACCUCCUCCUCUUACUCCUCCUUUUCUUCCACCUUCUGCCGAUGUCGCCUCUUCUAUCAUUCAACAGCAGCUUCCUUCUACUCUCUCUCAACAACAGCAGACCCCAUACCUGCCUCUGCACUACCUCGGCCUCCUUGCAGGUCCUCUCCCCCUCCUCCGGCCCCUCGCUACCUCCGCACUCCUCCUCCUCCUCCCCCCUUCACUCCAGCGUCCCCUCCUCCCCUCCUCUCCUCCAUCCACCACACCUCCUACCACCGAGCUCUCCCCCCUCUCUUCCUCACUCACUCCUCCUCUCCUCCCACUCUCCCUCCUCACCUCCCCCGCCUUCCUCUCCUCCCUCACACUCCACCUCUCACUCGACCAUCAAUCCGGAGAUCUCCCCUCGGGGGCAAAUGGGCGGGGGAGGGGCAGGGGCGGCGGGGGAAGGCUGGCAGGUCUAUUCGGCGGCGGGGGAGGGGGGAACGGGGCGGGCGGGGGCGAUAAUCCUGGAGCUACAGUAUCGGCUCUGUUCAGCGCGGGGCUUGGGGCGUCUGCCACGUCAGCGCUGCUCUCGGAUUGGCCGAGGAGCAAGUCCCGGGGUUUGGUGCCGUCCUUUGAGUCUCAAACUGACUGGGCCACGUGUGUGAGGUAUGUGUUGUCCUGGAGGAGACAGGAUGCGAGCAGCUGGGAAGUUGUUGAAGCAGGGGGUUCAGAGGGGGCAGCGGAUGGACGUGGGGGGGGUGGAGGGGGGGUGAGGGGCAGGAUCCAGCGGCUCGUGCGGGAGAAGCUUCUGGAGAAGCUUCCAGGAAACGCGGCCUCGGGUCAGCAGGCAAAACGGCUGAUGCUGCUGGUGGUGGCGGUAGGGGAGAUGGGGCAAGGGGAGGGAAGGGCUGAGAGUACUGAGCAACAGGAGGAGGAGGAUGAGGAGGAAUUGAAAUUCCUUACGAGAUUGGCAGAGGAAGCUAAGGGGUUGAUGACACAUAGUGCGAGACAGGUUCGUCAGCUUCUGGGGGAGGUGUUAUCUGCUCUUCUGGCUGCACUCAGCACUAGAUUCGCCGCUUCGUCCUCUUCCUCCUCCUCCGCUUCUGCCGCUGUUGCUGCCAGCCUGUCAAAUCAUAUCUUGGCAGAAGCUGCCAAAGCUGCUACAGUGAUCAAGUCCAUGGGAAGCAGCACCGAGCAGCAGAAAGAGACAAAGGAGGGUUCGAAGAAGCAAGAGGAGGAGAUGGAAGAGGUGGAGGGGAAGGUGGGAGGGGAUGAGGGGAGCAGUGAAGCAGGGAGGGAGGGGUCUGAGGAGGACAGGAGCAUGUGGACGAUGGAGUCUAUUCUCUACCUCCUCAUGUCUGCUGUCAAGUCGGGAGAUGCCCCUCCAUUCCUCCCAACCAUCGUCGCUCUGCUGCCGCCUCUGCUUUCCAUUCAGGAAACCCCCAACACGGAUCUGUCUCUCCUCGCCAAGCAAUGCCUGGCAUACACCAAGUACCUGCCGCUCCCUGCAACUGCCGUUCCAGCAGCAGCAGCGGCUGUGCUGGCAGCGGCACAGUCGAGCAACUGGAAGGAGAGGGCGGCUGCUCUCUCGUUCUGCCAGUCCUUUGUUUUCCGCAACGGAUUCCUUCUCUCAUCCGCCGACCUCACAUCUCUUCGUCAAGCCGUCAUUGCAUGUCUGCAAGACCCACAGCCAGAGGUGCGUGACAUGGCAUCCGCCACGCUGGCAGGCCUUUUCAAGGCAGCCCCACAGGGUGACACGUGGCCAGCUGUCAUUCGCCAGAGCUUCAUCCAAUCAGCUGCAGCCACGCUCAAGGCCUCGAGAGCCUCCCGCAAACGGGCCAGUGGGGGAAAGCCGUUGGAUGCUGACUCGGCAGCCAAGGCGGCAGCACGGACAGUCAAGAUGCAUGGAUCGGCGCUUGGGCUUGCUGCUGCCGUGCGAUCAGCACCAUACGAUGUUCCCCUGUGGUUACCAGACGUGCUGCUGUCGCUUGCCAGCCUUGCACAAGAGCCUGCCCCAGUUGGCCCUGCGGUGGGGAAGGCUCUGGGGGACUUCAAGCGCACACAUGCCGACAGCUGGCACAUUCAUAAAGAGGCUUUCAGUGCGGAGCAGCUGGAGGUUAUCAAUGACCUAUCUUCAACUGUGGGGUAUUUUGUGUAG